AGGGGGGAUGGGGUGGACAGGUCCAGGUUUUCGGUAGCUAGGGUGCUGAGAAUCGCCUGCAAGGUGGAGUAUGUAUUUCAAGCAUGCUAAGCUUGGAAUGCAGAUUAUGGAGGAGAUAAACAUUAAGCAGUUUUGUAUGGAAGCACAGAUACAAUAUGACAUAUGGAUAUGUAUGAACAUGGGGAUACUGGAAAAUUUAUUAAUUAUAAGACAAUACAGUUUGGGGGAUGCAGCACAACACUUGUUUUUCAGUUGCAGGGUCUCUUAUGCAAUGUGGAAUAGAUGCUAUCUUUGGGUGGUACUAAAUUCUGUCCUGCAUAAUGAGGCCAAUAGCCACUUCUUACAACACUCAAUCUGGGGGAUCAACAAAAAAUCAAAUUACAAGUGGAAACUUACCUGAUAUGCUGUCAUAUGGGGUAUUUGGCUUCAUCGAAAUGCUAUUGCAUUUAAUGAGGAGCUACUGGAUGAGGGGAAGCUGUGGGGCCUUAUUAAAACAAGAUCCUGGCUGUGGUUGAAAUCAAAAGUGAAGAAAUUGCUCCUUUUCGUGGUAUACUUGGUCAACAGAUCCGACGUUAUGUCUAAAAGAAAUGGCACAGUAAGCUACGUGGGACUGCAACAGAUAUAUGGAAAGAGCAUAGUUUCUGGCCUAUACUACAUACCAUGGGAAGCAGAGGAAUAGUUCCGGACAAGUGGUCCAUGAGAAUUCUUUGGGCUUGUGCUAUUGGAAGUGCCGUCAGCUUGUAUAUGGUUGCUGUAGAAAGACAAGCACAGAACAGACAGAGGAUGCUUGCUGAAGAAUUGAAAGCAAUGGAGUCAGGGGAAAGCAACGGCGAAGAUGGCUGAAUGUUAUGCUAUAAUUUUAUGAAAAGUAUGUAGUAUCAAAUAGGAGAUGCAGAGUUUCAGAUUUUCUGAAACUUCUCCGAAUGAUGUAAAAGCUUUCUGUGUUCAUCUUUUGUCAAUUUGCUAACAGUACAAUUUCUAAAGGUUUGAGCAUUUUCCAGUGGGAAAAUAAUGAAGUAGAUUUUCAUUUCAAAUGUGUUACCGAAAGGAUUGAAAUGAGCUUUGCAACCUAAUUUUUAACAUAUGAGCAAAUAAAUUUGUUAAGUUACUUUUAA